CAGCUGUCAUCAGGGGGAAAAAAAAAAAAAAAAAUGCCACGCUCCUUUUUGGUGAAGCAGCCAAAGGUUCAUGACUUCUCGUCUUCCAACUACUACCAUCAGCACCAGCAGCAGUGGGACGACUCGUACACGGUGACACAUGCCAUCACAGAGUCUGCCACCAACUUGGCCGUGCGUCUGAGCGAAAAUGGCUACAUCCAGGAUUACAUCAUCCCCUCAGUGUUGCAGAGCACAAUGGAGCCAGGCUCCAAGCCGAGGCAGACCGGGCUCUCCUCGGGGCCCCUGUACUCCCCUGGGAAUGGGGGUGGCAGCGGGGGGGAGGACUUCUCUGACCACGACAUGGAGCAUCCAGACAGCCCCAUCUCCAGCGCCACGGCCGAGUCAGACAGCAGCAGCCUGGCGAGCCCCGAGGCCGAGGGCUGCACCGUCAGCGCCUUCCUGAUCUCUGACGGCCGCUCGCGCCGCAGGGCCAAGCAGAGGUGCCCCCGCAAGGCCGGCAGCCAAUCGGGAGACAGCGAGGGAGCCGGCUCCAGAGAUCCCAGCCCGGCCAAAGGGAAGUCCAAGGGGCGGCACAUGUGCGCCGAGUGCGGCAAGUCUUACGCCACGUCGUCCAACCUGAGCAGACACAAGCAGACUCACCGCAGCCUGGACAGCCAGCAGGCCCGCAAGUGUCCCACCUGCCACAAGGUGUACGUGUCCAUGCCGGCGCUGGCCAUGCACAUGCUGACCCACGACCUGCGGCACGAGUGCAACGUGUGCGGCAAGGCCUUCAGUCGGCCCUGGCUGCUGCAGGGCCACAUGAGGUCGCACACCGGGGAGAAGCCCUUCGCCUGCGCUCACUGCGGCAAAGCCUUCGCCGACCGCUCGAACCUGCGAGCCCACAUGCAGACGCACUCGGCCUUCAAGCACUACAGCUGCAAGCGCUGCCACAAAAGCUUCGCGCUGAAGUCCUACCUGAACAAGCACUACGAGUCGGCCUGCUUCAAAGGCCUCGGAGGGGAGGACGACUGUAGCUCCGAGGACUAACUGGGGGAAUACAGCAGGCCUAUCUUUUUUUUUCACCUGUUUUCUAUUUAUACACUUUUUCCGAAAUUCAUAUAAAUGAGGCGACCAAGUCGAAGACGGACUUGCUGCUUCUCAAAGCGGGUCUCGCUCACUCACUCGUUUUCACGUGCAUGCAUCUUCCUACUCCUGCCUUUUUAACAGAAGCAAUAACCUCACUUAAAAUUACUGAAUAGGGAAUGAAGUAUGAAUAGAAAUCCCUAACAGAAAAAAAUUCAGUAUUGAUCGCAAAUGUAAAUAUUUUGUAUUGUUUUAUAUGAAUUGAAUUGCAAUAAUUUACAUUUCAGUAUUAUUUUAUACACCAGGUAGCUCUUCAUUUACCUCAAAUGCUUCCUAAUUUGCAGAAUAAUGUAUUUGUGUAUUUAUUAAUUUAUUUAACUAUUUAUUUAUCAGUGUAGAACACUAUUUAUUUAUUUGUUGAUGCAUUUGUGAAUUGAACAUGUAUUUAAUUCAUAGAGUUAUAAACUGAAUUUGUUGAAAGAAAAGAAAGCCACAGUAUAUUUCUGAGACACAGUACUGCUGUGUCUGAUCAAUUUGGCCCACAAGUACUUAAAUGCCCCCUUUUGCCCUUGCUUGUUAAUCUAUGCACAAGAUGACAUGUUCUUAUAUUGAAACAUCUAGAAUUGACCUACCUGACCAGUAAAAAAAAAAAAAAAAAAAACAAGAAAAAAGAUGCAAUUCAUUGACUAUUUAGUACACAAAAUG